CGCGGCGCGGCCGCGGGAGCGGGGGCGGGUUUAUGGCGGCGGCUCUGUCCGCGCUCGCUGCCAGGCUCUCCCAGUCGGCCGCGGCCAGGUCCUACGGCGUGUUCUGCAAGGGGCUUACCAGGACCCUUCUCAUCUUCUUCGACCUGGCCUGGAAGCUCCGCAUCAACUUCCCCUACCUCUACAUCGUCGCCUCCAUGAUGCUCAACGUGCGGCUGCAGGUCCAUAUUGAGAUCCAUUAACUUGUGAUUUGGUGUGCUGCUUGCACUGUAUGCUGCAACUAGUCAGUCACACUCUUCUUCAAAUCCAGCCUGUUGUGAAGCAGCAAAGCUGUGCUCGUGUGCUCUAGGACUAUGAAGAAAGAAGAUUUUACCCAGAAACGAGUACGUGACGAUGGCCCAGAUCAUCACAAGCCAGCAGCUCAUCUGACACAUGUGCAUUCCACGUUGGACAGUUCUCAAAAUCAUCGUAGCAGUUUACAAGAAUUAUAUAACAUCGGGAAUUGUUCUCUCUUUAAUAAUAUACCUCUGCCUUCUGGUGGCAAGGAAAUGCCUCUGAGCUUCAGUGAAUCAGCAGGGACGAACUCAAGUGCAGCUGCUCCUUGGAAGGAUUCAUUUCAUCUGCAUUUUUCUUCUGGGAAAGACAGUCUCGAUAGGGUUUCUCACUGCAUCGAUGGUAUCUCAGUAACAGGCUGGCUGGAAGAAGCUUGUAGCAUUUCUGGAGACUUCAGCUCACGCUGCCCAGGAGACAACUUUGUAUGUUUUGCACAAUUCUGGCUGGGAAAUUUGCAGUAUAAUAAAAACCUGUGGUUUCUGGAAUUAGAAAUGAGCAGUGGCAAAGAGAAUGAAUUGCAGUUUGCAUUUUUUAAAGCAUUGGAGCUUGGUGGACUUCUUGAUCCCUGUUCUAAGAACAACUAUGCUGUGGGACUCAUAAACAACCAGAAACCAUGUUUUUCUCUUUGUUACUUAAACCUUGUAUCUUCAGAGCAAACACUUGGAUACGAGCAAAUGCUUUUGAAUAUACAAUAUGUGACUAAUACUUUUCACAUCAUACAGCUAGUGAUCUCUGUGCUAGCUUUUGCACUAGCAGGUCUCUGGUGUGCAGUAGUGAAGGUAAAAAAAUACAGAGAUUUUAGUAACUACUUUUUUUAAUAUUAGCAGAAAAUAAGAGACAAGGUUACAGUUCAGGUUUUAGUGAAAAGUAGAUAGGUAAAGUAAAAAUUAUAGUUGUGUAAUUGCUGGUUAAACUAGCUGUUAGAACAAUAGGGACUUUUUUUUUUGUAAGGAAUAGCUGCAUCUGAGUAAAGAACUUCAUAAUCUUCAGACUCUUUGGGACUUCUGCAGGUCUGCUGUUAAACUAAACUAGAACCCAAUUUGAUUAGCACAGAUCCUUUGUUUUCUUUAGAGUUUGUAUUGGUGGAGUGUUCUGGCUAGUACUAUUUAUAACCAUUUCCAAUGAAACUUGUUUCUUGUAGAAUUGAAUUCCUGCUCUGAAUCCAACAGCAACUAAUAUAUCAGUCCUUAAAACACUUGGAACUGGAAAGCUGUUGGGAGGGUGGUCUUCAGUGCAGCAUAAUUCUCAGCAGUGUUCACUGCUCUGUUUUAACAAUAUCUUGUGAGCUUUAUUGUGCUACAAUAGACACUGUAAACUUUCUAAAACAAUUUUUUUUUCCUUGAAAAAGGGAUUGUUAUUGCUGAAGUACAUUAAUAACUUCUGGGCCUAUUCACUUUGGCUUUGGGACAGGCUUCUAACAAUGAGGUUUGCCAAAGAAUGGGGCAAAAGUGCUGGACUCCAUAGAGCUGCUGGUGAAUAGCAUUUUGAGGAACAGGCUUCUGUUGGCACUUCAGUGAAGUAACUCAUUGUGCAGUAGGUGAAACUUUGGAUUCAAUGUCCAAAAUUCUCAACAGAGACAUUGCUGUAGAUGGGCUUAAUGUGCUUUAAAGGCUCACGUAAAGAGGGAGGUGUUGGUGUGUGAGUUAGGAUGCAUUUUCAGCUUCCCCUUUACCCUGACUUAAAAGUGAGGACUCAAUGUGGAGUAAAGCCAUGCCAGUGAUUCACACACUAGGUAUCCUUUUUGCCAGCUGGUCUUGCUUCAUCUUGGAAAGAGGGAACGUGAUGUUGCAUUGAGUUUAAACUGAACUUACCUGGAAAGCCAGUAGAAUUCCCAGUGUGGUGUUUAUUGGGCUGUUAGCACACAUGUGUAGAGAAGUCAUUGAUUACGAAGGUGAGAUGCUGGUUAUCAGUAUUACAGGGAGAAAUGCUGGAAACUUUUAAUCUUAUUUGAGUACUGAAAAUAAGAUCUAUUACUUUUUAUGUUAAAUGAUAUGUUGUGUUUUCAUUAUCCCCAUUGGCUGAUUGUUUCUUUUGGAUGCUAAAAGAGAUGAAAGGCCACUUACUUUAAUUUAGAAGAUAACUUUUUCCCUGGUAUUUAAAUGAUUGUUUAACUUGUAGACUUUUGACCAUGCAAUUACCUGUUAUGAAGUGCGCAAAAGCCCCAAAAUAAUACUGGAUUAUGUAUUGUAAGUACAGUAAGUAUUGACAGCAACAGUUCCCUCUUAGUCAAGCCAUUCACUCUCAUCUCCACUGCUGGAAUUUAUCAGUCUUGCAGUGAGUAGUAUUAACACGUGGUAUUGCAGAGGUUCAGGAUUCUUGAAGUGAUGUGGAUAUGAAAUCCCAGAACACCAGAAAAAAAGGCUCUUCUCCAAAUGUCUGUGGCGUGGAGUUACGGUGUUAAGCUGCUGUCUGCCUGUAUCUUGACUCAAAAAACCACUUGGCAGAGCUGAGGGCAGAGGAAUGAAGGCAGGGAGGGGAGGGGUUGGAGCCUGUUAAAGCUGGCUUGAUUGCUAAAGACGUGAGCAACAUUGUGCAACUCCAUGUUAACCUCUCUAAGCAGCUCCAUAGGUACAGCCAUACUCUCCCUGUAUGGUGAGCCUUACCUUAAGUUGUGCAUGAACACAGUCCUGCACCCAAAAGUUGAGUGCUUGGACUUCUGUACAAAGGAUCAAUUGGCACAGCUGUACCUGCAGUUGUUACUUGAGACCCUGUUUGUGCAGCUGACUGGUUUGGCCUGGAACAUUCUCUGCUGUAUGUCAUUUGGACACUUCAUGUUUUGGGAACCACAGUUACAUACAAGAACUUGCAGCUGAGACUGUCAGGUUAAUGGGCAAAAGGAGUAGCUAAAGGCAUAAAACCAUGAAUCCAGUUUUUAAUGCUCCUAUUUUUCAUUGUGAUUUUAAAGGGGGGGGGGGGGGAAUGAAACAUGAGAGACACCACCAGUAAACUAGAAUUUAAAUGUGUGUACAGCAGAGUGCCAAGGGUUUUCUCCUUAUUGAUGACAAGCCUAUGCAGGAGGAGAUCCUGGAAUGUUGAACUGUGUUACGUAUCACAGUCCUGUUUUAAGAAAAGUCUUGUUUGAGUGCGUGGCCUUUCAUCACUUAUUACAGGAUCACUUUAAAUACAACACAGCUAAGUGAAAUGAUGGAUGGUUGUUGUGUAUUAUAUGUCUAUUGAACAUAAGAUACAAAGAAUAAGUCUUAAGUGAGUGGAUUUAAUCCAUUUUAAGACAGUUUAUAUACCUUGCCUUGAAUUUUAUUGCUUAAAACCUAAAGGGUAAUUUUAACUUGAACAUUCCUUCUGAAAUUCAAAUAAAGGAUAGUUUGGUAUGUUAAAAUCUCAUGUAAUAUACUGCACUUUAAAUCUGGGGAGGCCAUGGAUUGAUUGAAAGCGCUGUUCUUGCAGUAAAAGAACUGUCUGCCCUGACAAUGUUUAAAUGGCUUUUCCUGUCUGGAGGGAGAAUAGGGAACCUGAAGGAUGGCAUCCAUCCUUUGAAACUAUAGAUAAAUCUAACACUAUAUGGUUUAUACCAUUGUUUUCUUCCUAUAGAUGUUUUGAUACUAACUCAUCUCAAAAGAUGGAAGGUAUCCUGGCCAAGAACCAGUUUGUGUGGAGUUUCAUGGCUUCACUACACCCAAUGUGGAAAAUUUUCUGAGUUAAUGUGCUGUUAGGGCUGAGACUGGCUCAGAUGAUUAUUAUAGUACAGAAAAAUAACAUUCUUAGUAGGGGGUAAGGGACCUUUAUACUCAACCAGGAGUUGCCUUUGUAUUUCUGUAUUUUGUCUCUCAUCCUGCUCUAAAAAGAGGUUAUUUCUAAGCAAAAUGCCAGGGUUCUACUAAACAACUUGUGCUUUCUAAAAUUUCAUUGAUUAGUGUCUAGAUCCUUCCUGCACUACAUAGCAGAGUUUUAUUUCUGCCUUUAGAAAAGAAGAAGAUACUCAAUAUUUAGAGAAUUUCCUAGUAGUUACACUCGAGUGAAAAUUUACUAUAUGGUAUACUGCUUUGAGAAGAAAAUAUACUUUUAAAUGUGUGUGCACAGAGCUCUGCAUGUAGAUAAAAAGUGUUUUACUACAGUAUGAUGUUGGGAUGCUUAUGCAAAUGCUUCUUUACUUUCUGACACUGCAGUGCAAAAAGCAGCAGAGACGGUGGUGUUACUUCUCCGUGUGGUUUUAGCCAGUGCAAUCCGAGCAAUCGUGUGUUUGCAUCAUCCUGCACAGGAGACAGUUCUAGCUGUAGACAUUUUUUAGCCUUUUGCUUUUUCAGUGUUGAGUUUGGUUUUGUUGCUGUUUGAGGUUUGGUGGUUUGUCUGUUUGUCUGUGGUUUAUUUCUCUUUUUCUGAAAGUUAUUUUUAGGAUUAUAAAGACUGCACUUUCUUAAACUUUGCCAAAGUUUGCUUCCUUUCUCCUUCUCUCCACCUUUGCCCUUUAUAGGUAUACACAUUUAAUUUUUGGAAGAAACAAGCCUGUAUGUACUCUCCUAAUAUAUCAUCUUAUUGUCAGGUUGCUACUUUUGUUUUUAUGGCCUGGUCUUACAUAUAUUCCUGUCCCUAUGAUUUCUCAGCAUAAGCAUAUGCUGAUAUUUUGUUCCACCUCAGAAACAGUGUCCUAUAAUUAAUUAUGCACAACAAAUUGACAGAAACCAUGAAGAGAUGUAAGAGUCCUAGUCUCUCAUUAGGGUGUAUGACAGGUAGUAUAACCGGCAGAGCAAUAUGUAGUCAAUGGGACAUAUUUCUGCUUUUUUUCCUCUUCAAAACAGCUGCUUUAAUUAAAAUCCAAUAUUUAAUUUGCAUGUGUGGUACCUCUGUCAGCUGAGAAUUGCAGCUAGAAUUUGGGGCUUACAAAAUACAGUAAGGUCAGAACUUAAAUAGUGUAACUUCUCAAAAAAUUAAAGAGUACAUUCACGUGAAUAUUUUGAAACCUUUUUUUUUUCCCCUAAGAGUGCACAGAAUAAAAUGUGUUCUGACACUUUUCUGUGAUGCACAGGCAGUAACUGAGGGCAGGGGGAAUCCUUUUUAGACUGCAGAGCCUCUAAUCUUCAUGGAAGAGAUGCAUUUGAUAGAACUUUAAAAUAAACCAAUGUUGCCUAUGAAAAUACUGAUACUUAUUAUCAACUCUCAUACUUAAAUUACAGGGUCAUAGAUAUCAAUCUCCUGACAGUGUGAAAAUAAAAUAAUAAAUGCAGAAGUGCUAGAAUAAUGUUAUCCUUUACCAGCCUGCACUGGUAAAAGCAAAUCCUAUUGUACUUCGAAAUUAAUCCUCUACUGCCUCCAAAAAUCUCAAUUACCUUAGUCUUUUUGGAAUUAGUGAUACAGGAUUCAGCCUAAGAUGGUUAUUUCAUUGUUAAUGAUGAAAUAAAUUUAAAAGCUAAAACAUUUUAGAAAAUGACCAGAGAGGUUUCCACAAAGUAAAUCUGCCUUGAAAAGGUCCAUUUUAUUUCUGUGAUCUCUAUGUAUUUGUAGUCUGUUUUGCAAAUUCCUUCCUUCUUCAUGGAAGAUCCGUAUAAACCUGAUAGCAAAAGUGGUCAAAACCAAAAUUGCAAAAGUAGCAGUGUUUAAUUUUCUGUUUGUAGUCAAUUUUAGCUAUUAUCAAACAUUACACCUAAAUGUAAUUCAAGCUUUUGUUCUUAAAAGUAGGGAAGUCUAAUAUUCAGUGCCUGAUUCAUCACUUGAAGUUGAGUGAAACCAUUUCUUGAAAAUGGGUUCUGCUGCCUGAUAGUGACUAAUUUUCAAUGCUGAUACUCAAUACUUCCUGUAAACUGUGAUGUCAUCCCUGCAGAACAAUUUUAGUCUAUGGCCUUGGUCUUUGGCCCUAUUUUUUUUAAUUCUUCUUAUUUUUUUUAUUGCAAUGUGGGAGGUGGAGAAGGCUGGCACAAACCUUUUUUUUUUUUUUUUUUUUUUUAGUUCCAGAGAAAGAUGUUUACAACUUUGUAUGUAUUUUUAAAAUGUAUUGUGACACUUUUAACUUGGGAGAGAAGUUUCCAUAGUAGACUUGAAACCUGAAUACAGACUUUUGAAUAUCGGGAGUGCUCCCCAAGCUGCCAGAAGCUCUUGACUGCGAUGCUGCUCGCUCACACCACAGGAGGGAGUUACACAUCAGUCUUUGGAGUAUGUUGAGUUACAGCAUUGUUAGUACUUCUUAGUACAGUGCAUUUCAGUUUGACUUGUCUUAUGGAUUGUCACUGCAAAUAGGUUAAUGUACAAAAUCAAUACACAGCAGUAAUGUAUUGUAACUGUUUACAACUGAACUCAGAGUACCAAUGGAUGGGUUUUGUCAAGCUAUUUAAAAACAGAAAUAAAAAUCUUUUUUAAAAGACA